AUGCCCUAUCUGGAUCCGAAUGACAUUUUGCCCAUUGCACUCGAGUUGUCCAAGGUUGCCAUCACUUGCGGCAAUCCUUCAACACCAAGUCUGUUGGUCGCAGAGUGCCAUAGAGCGGAAGGCACGUUUGGGAUAGUCCAGGCGAGGUCGAAGUGCGACCUCUAUAAACAGCUCUUGAAUUUGAACUUUCAAAAAGUGCUCGUGCAACUUGUUGAGAACGACUACUACCAGGGUAGCAUGCCAACAAUAGGGCAUCGCAUUCGCGAGAAUGCAGAAACAUCGAGUCGGUUCCUAGAACUAGUUCCUUUAGGUUAUCUUCCAUUCCGGGCAUUCUCCAGGAUUUGGAAAGGACUGAAGUUAUAUACGUCUGGCCAUGGCUCGUCCGUUCACGACCGCCGCGCAGCUGAGAAGUGUUUUGGACCUAUGCCAAGCAGAAAAUCAGCCAAGAGCAUUGACGAAGAAACACCUGUUGGCGCUGACUUUACUACUCUAGAGUAUGCUAUUGAACGGCGGAUUAUCGAAGCCCCCGUUCUGGAGCUAUCAUAUUACACAGAUAUCGUCGGCGAUGUGCCUGCUGCACAAGAUGGUCCAAGGGGCAUGGGGUUGGAAUCCUAUGACAUCGGCAAUGGUGACCUACCUCCUGAGUGGGGUGUAGAUCUGGUAAUAAGAAAAGGAACCAUUCGUUAUGGACCAUGGGCUGAUCGCCAACGAGUCCAUCUGCAACGGACAUUUUUCCCGCCAACAUAUCACGACUUGGAGGUGUCAAAACAUCUUAAGCCAGGAGAUAAACGUACUUGGACUGCAAUGAAAGUAUUUGUCGAACUUCGUGAUAAAACAGUGCUGUAUGUUCCUUUCCGAGAGCCUUCAAAGAACUGGCAAUGGGAUGGUGUCAGCGACUAUCCACGGCCAAGGAAGCGUGACCACGCAGCUCUUCAUUGCACUGCAGGUGACAGCUCCUCAAUUAGCUACCUUCUGCCUAUGGUUACAGGACCCGACGGAUAUGAACCUCGUUUAGAGGUUCAUCUCGAUACAGUUUCUGUAACGUCGAGCCUCAACGAUAUCAAGCUCAUCGAAGCCGAGUCAUGUCGCGUUCAUGCGUCAUUUCCAUCGCCCCUUGUAUGGAACGCCGAGCGUCUUUGGUCAUUCUCUAUCUCUCUUCGUCAACCGGUUAUAUAUCUCUUGCGAGACCACAUCAAUAUGUUCACUGAUUUGACGCGGGACUGGACCUUUGGGCCGCCUACCGAAUGGAAUCUUUUUGUGCCAACUAUUUAUGCGCUCGAGCUUGAUCUGCAUCAGUUUGAGCUCAAUCUAUAUGCUAACGACCAGAACAUAAUUGAUAAGCCUUUGGUCAAGGGAGAGAACACGUUGGUGACGAUCCGUGCACCGCGUUUAAACAUUCAAGUUACCUUACCGUCAAAUAAAUAUCGACCCGAGGCGACGUCCAUCCCAUUCGUUGUUAAUGUUCCAGAUGUGAAUGUUUUUCUCUCUUUGCCGCGGUGGAAUACGCAGUACCUCUACAAUUCAGGGAAUGAACAUCGUAUAAUCCAUGCAGCAACCUUCCGCAUCACGUCCUCGUAUUACUUCUGGGCCGACGUUCAACCCGACAACAUUGAUCAGUUAAAGCUCACUGUCGAGACUAGUAAUGUCGCAUUCAAGGCCCUCGGUUGGUGUGUCAGAUACUUAAUGGUACUUCGGGACAAUUAUUUGGGAUCUUUCACCCACUUUUCUACGCUCGUGGAGUAUCUUGAAAAACGGAGCAUUAAUUUGAUUGGAGAUCCACUGGAGAUGAAGCAUCGGCCAGGCAAAUCAAACUCCCUACAGGUUCAGGUAUCAGUACAAUUACAAUCUGGGAUAAUGCUUUUACCUGCGGGCUUGCCUGGCUACGAAGUGCGCGUUGCAAGCGACAGAUCAUUCGAUGGUAUUGGCGCAUCCACAGUCAUGGCUUGUUCAGUGCUUCAACUAGACUUACGACUGCAUGACUAUUUCAUGGAUGCGUCACUGAAUCUGAACGCAAUCAAGGGUUCUGUCCUGGACGCUUGUUCUGAGCAUGCUUUCUUCGCCCAGGCACAUCAACGCUACGAAGACUCGUUCUUAAUCGAUGGCCUGAAUAUCACUGCUAACAGACUAUUUGGGCCACAGCCGCGUACUCGCACAUAUAUAUGUGUUUGGGAAAUUGCAAUUGGACCAGUGAAGGCCCUAUUGACAUCUCAUGAUGCCCGAAUCUUGCUGGCAUCUAUGAAUGCAGUCCGUCUUAAUUACACGGACCUCGCCAACGCUCCCGCGACUGAGUUUGGAGUACCUGUAGAUCCAGAUGUCACUUUCAUCAGAUUCUCAACUAGCCAUGUCGACGCCACUUGGUCUGCUGGUGCAACAGCCGUAAACCUGUCAAUUCCUUCGGGUUUCAGUGUUCAUACCAAUGAUCUAGAAGGCCAAUUUUGCGGCAAGCUCACGAGUGUCAGACUUCCCCUUGUGUCACUGAAGAUUCUGUUAUCAUCAAGGGAUUCGAAGACGAGCUGGUGUGAGGCGGCCGAUCUGUCUACAGACAUCAACCUGGAUGUGUACAGAUCCCCGAAGGUCCGCAAUCUAUCACAGAUGGAUUUCAUGAAGGAGCAAGAUGAGUUGACACAUCGAGCACAACAUCUACUUGAUGAAGUAGAGAGGGCACGAAAAGCCUCUCUUUCUGAUAACCGACAGUCGCUGCAACGCACGCGUUCUAGUCACCAUCGCAAUGGACUUUAUCUUCCUCCUCCGCGUCUCCCACAUUUCUGCAGAGUAAAACCACACCCUCCAGCACCACUCACGAGCGUUGCACCCUCCAAGAGCACGGCUGCUUGGUGGCCUCAACUUUCCCAUCUCUCAGAAUCCGACGGAGAGGAGAAUAUAUCCGAAGCGGAUCGUGAUGCACGUCUGGCGAGGAGUCGACUUGCGCCACCGGCCGCCGUCGACGACGACAUCUCUGUGUCAGGGGAGGAGUCGGAUGAUGAAGACUUAACAGAUACUGAAUCCUCGAUAAGCGGCUGGUCCUCGACUAGAUCCGCGACUCAAAGGCACUCACUGAUCAAGCGCUACCGUCGUGUAACGAGGUGGUACCAAAGUCUCGACCUGGACGACAUCAACAGCUGGGAGGACUCGCCCUUCGUUAUAAUCAAGGAACCUAGAAUUACAGCCCCAAAGAACAAACAUUCAUCCAGAAUACGUCCGAUCGUACAAGCCAAUGAAACAACGAGUUCUGUCCACUCCACAACUUUCCGUAUACAGUGCAAAAGGGAGAUUAUGGUUCGAUUAACCCCCUUGGCUCUCAUGGGAGUCAGAGAUAUAAUUGAAGAUCUGCAAUCGCGACGGCUCAGUCCAGAAUUGAUAUUGGACUCAGUGAUGGCAAGCCACAUGGCAAAGUUCGGGUCCGCUCGUCUUCAGGUAUUGGAACACAUAUCUUGCCCACGUUCCUCCUUCAAGGAAGCAUCAGCUCAAAGAGACUUCAUGGUUACAAUCAACUGCUUGGCUUCCUGGAUGCCACCUUGCCAUGAGAAUCAUGCUAGUAUCUCUGUUGGCCGUGCUGCAUUGGAACUUCAACCCGUUAGCCUUGAGUACGCUGUCGCCACGUUUCAGGCGUUGGAACAGGAUUCGCGAGACCUCCUACUCGACCCCUCUGUGCAAUUUGGCUCAACUACCCGUUUUGCUGAGAUUAAUAGGGCAGCCGUCGAUCCACUUUCGACUAUUCAACCUUCUUUCCUCGUCCAACGGGGUCACCCCCAAGCUCUCCGGACACAUGCUACCUACAAGUUUCUAUUCCAUUUACGAACUGCACUCCAGUUCGCCCGCCUUCAAGGAGAUAUUGGCACAAAUAGCACGGGCCAAUUCAUUGCAGCACAUGAUGUGAAGGCUUUGGUGGAUUCGUGUCUCGCAGAGCUCAUGCUGGACCUAGACUCCUCCAAGGAAGGUAUUACCUACGCGCAGCUUAUCAUUGGCUCCGUCAACUUCACUGCCGACCUUGUUAGCAUUAUCAUUGCAGAUGAGUUGCCGGCUUCCACCAGUCGCCUGGACAUUAGCUCUUGUACUCUACGGCUUCGCUCUUCAAAGCUGGUCCCUUUGGAAGGAGUCCAAUUACAGUCACAGAGCCCUUCCCUGGCAAACCAUGAUACUACUACCAUUCCACAGACUGUAUGUACUCUUGCCAUCAGUGACGUCAAUGUCACCGUCUCCCCUCACUUGAUGGUCUUCGCACAAUCUGUACUUCGCCUACGGAGGGUAUCAAGUAAAUGGAAGCCGGUCUCCAACCAAGCACUUCCAAACUCUGGGCCGUCUCACCUCAUUUUGACGGUCGCCCUCCGCCGCGUUAGCAUCCGCGCCGCAGCUGAAAAACUUGCAUUCGAGAUUGGGGCCACGAAUACGGACAUUUUUUUCACAUCACUCAAACGAGUCGAUCCGUUGAUACACAAUGAGGUCCACUCUGUCAGUUACACCGCUAGCUUCAGCGACGCCUUCAUACGUGCGAGGGCCACCGGUAUUGCCCCAGGAAUUUGGGCCCGGCAUCAGGAUGUUCUUGCUUCCUUAACCUUUUCUUCUGGCAAGCUCAACUUGCUUUGGCGCCAGGAAUCAUCCGCGAGUACUAUCCGUCUCGCGUUCCUCUUAUCCAGUAUUGCUAUUUCCGUACCUCGCAGCGCCCUUCGUCUUUACCGUUUCGUGGAAGAGUGGAAAGCGGACUUCCUUCCAGGCGUUGAAGCCGCCACACGAGCCUUUCUAGCAGAGUUGAAGGAAGGGACGGGAGGUGAUGCACAGACAACACUGACUCGCCCUCGUGCUGCCAAGAGGAACGCACUAGUGGCCCAUGUUACGGGACGCAUAUUAGAAUUUGGCGUGUCUCUUCAGGUCAUGCGAGGGACGUGGUUGUCAUGGAACAUACAUGAUCUGAUUAUAUUCCUUUCCUCGCCAAGUGGACCAGGACCUAAGUCGUCCACGUCCUUUGGCAUCCAAUUUGGCUCGCAAACGUUGGGCGUUUCAUACAAACUACAGUCCACUGAUGAUCAUACAGAUACGCCACGCAUCAAAGUCAAGCUCCCUUCACUUUCAUUGACAGGACGUCAUGGCCGCUCUUUUGUCAAAAUGAUUGUUUCUGUGGACUUCUUUGAUGUUUUAAUCAAGCCUUCACAUUGGGAUACACUUCUCGUCGUCCAACAGAAGUUCGGUCAAGAUUUUACUGACUUGAUGGACCUGAUACACCAAACUCGCCAACGAAGGUCUAAUCCGUCUGGAUCGACAUCGAAUACAUCGCGAUCCUCUCUAUCAUUCAGUGGACAUGUCAACGUGAAGGGAUUUAGACUUGGACUUGAAGGUCGCUCCUCCACCUCCUAUCUGGAAUGUGAAGAUGUUGGUGGAGAUAUAUCCAGCAGUGAUCUGGGUAUUGCAUGGCGAAUCAGGCUUUGUGACCUGGCUUUGUCACUUGCACCUAGAGCGGGCGUUGUGUCACGAGAAACUACUUUCAAUCGGAACCAUCGAUCUGCGUUUCUUAUCGUGGAUCUUCGCGCCAGGGGAAAUGUCCACAGAUUGGAAUUCCGCAUCCCAAAAAUCCAUGCUGUGAUGCAACCCAGUUCUAUAGGAGAAAUUGGCGACUUCUUAGACCAUCAACAAGCUGAAUUGCUUAUUCGAAGAGAUCAGCGAGCUGCAGAGUUAGCAGCAUUCAAGGAAAAGACUCGCAGUGUUUUGAAAACGUUUGAUGUGAGAACGAGCGAGACUACUCAUGUAGUCAUUCAGAAGAUUGGAGUGGCCUUCCCCCUCAGUCUUGAACAAACGCUGGAACUUCCCCGGACGAGUUCCCGUGACGGCCCUUCAGUCAGGGCUUUCCUGUUUGCUGUUCGACGCAUCAAGUUUAGCGCACAGAGAGGAGAAGCGGGCGAGAUGUCAACAAAAGACUUAUCCUUCCUAUUUGUGCCCAGUUUCAGGCAAUCUUCGUCUGAAGACUUUGCGGCAGACAAGCAUAGAAGCCGAAACCGACUGGUGUACCCCUACAUGACCGCGCGGCUACGAUCCGAGACUUCUUUGCUCAGUCGUCGUAUCUGGCUCUUUGGAAACGUCAGUGGGUUCAUCCUGGACUUGGACUCAAAUAUCCCUGAUUACAUAUUCUCGCUCAUUGAUGCGUACCGUCAAGGAAGAGAACGAAUGAUUCGCAUCGCCGCAAGCCUCCCCCGUACUACUAUAUCGCACGCUGACCUUGCGAGGGACGAUGUCUCACCGCAAGGCGGACACCAAGAUGUUCCGGCAUCGAGUGUUUUUGCAAAUAUGGUCUUCCAGAGCGGAGAAGUGCACGUUCAUAGCGAUGCAAAAAGUGCACAGGCCUCGCUUCUGGGUACUCACCAAUCGUUGGACGGCCAGCUGUAUCCAGAGCAGGAGACACUGAGGCUUCCUGUAGUCUCUGCUUUGGUUGAAUAUCGUGCUUCAGGUAUACGAGCCGGUCCUGCAGCCCUGAUAUUCAAAAGCACCAUUCAUUCCAGCCAAAACACUUUGAGACCGAGUCUUCUGCCUUUCAUAACCGAAAUCGUCGACUACGUGCAGUUGCGCUUGCGCAAAACUAGUCGAGGAAACACGCUGCUCAUUGCGACAUCUCCCAUAGAAGAUGAACCAUCCCUGCUGCUGACCUCGAGCCGCCUAGAGAAUUUAUCUGAGGCAUCAUCGAGUUUGCAAAUCACCUUCAGUCUCCGCAUAGACAAGUCAACGCUCGAAUUGACUUGUCAGCCGGAUGUCAAUGUGGCAGCAGCUUUACGCUGGGAAAGUGGCGGUUUCCUCAUAAGCAUCUCACCGGGUGCUCAUAACCUGACAUUGACGGGCACUGUGGACGGUCUCACGAUUGGCCUCAAGCACGGGUUUUUGAGCGACGACUGUGUCAAUAUCGCAGCUCGCAAUCUCGCAUUCUUCCUUGCUUUUGCCAAGAAUGAGGACCGAGCUGGCAAUAUCGACAGCACGAUUUCCCUGGUGGUGGAUACAGAUAUUUCUGGUGGUGUGCGUUUCUCCCGCUUGCAAGAUGUUUUAUGUUUCAAGGCGGUUUGGCUCGAUCGUAUCCCUUUGUUUGUCGCAGAGCAUGCAAGCUCUGACAGAUCACGCCCGCCAACAGCCUCUUCCUCCUCGAUUACCACUCCUGUGGUGAAACAAGAGGUUACUACCGCGCUCAUGAUUCGCAUUCGCCAAAUCCACUUGGAGGUAGAUUUGGGACAGUCCAUCAGCAAUGUGACUCUGGACCUCCAGAGCGCAGUUACGCGAAUGCGUUUCUCUGAAAUGUCAACUGAGGUGUCGCUCUCAGUGGCAAAUGUCUCCAUCCUCGCCAGGGGAAACGUCGCGGGUAGCAUGAAUGUACCGGACUGUGUCUUUCAGACGGUCCGCAGGAAUGAAGGCGCCCUGUCCGAUGAUUCACGGACAGCUAGGAUGCUCGAACUCAGCAUGACUAGUGGUCCUUUAAGUGCCGAGCUCGAGUCAGACCACCAACGGCUGUUGAUUUACAGGGCUGAUCCCGUGCAAGUGGAAAUCCACGAUGAUUGGUCACUCGUUUCCUCCGCAGACAGAGGACAAGACCGGUUUUUGCUGCUUACAUUCACAGUCAAUGGCGAGGAGAUCAUUGCUCUUGCUACCAUCGCAACCAUACCGAAGUUGUUGAUGUAUACCAACAAGUUCCAGGCCAAUAUUACCGCUCAGCGUGAGGGCGCAAGUCAUGAAUCGGCCGCUUUCCGUGCUACCCAAUUGCCCAAGCCUGACAAUCCACUCACCGAAGUCGCUUCGGCAUUCUUCCACUCAGCCCGUAACCGGUUCAAGGAAGCAGACGCGGAGCUGUCCCACAGAAUUCGCCAGCAGCUGAGCUUCCGCUUGGAGACCCUUCGGCUUGUCCUUUUCCCUCGCACCAUGGGUGACACCGAGCUUGCGCAGUUCAUCGGACGUGAUGUUCAUGCGAGCCUGCAGCGUACGGUGAUAGACGAAAGCCCACCUCAUAGGGAGAUCCGUUUAUCAUUCACGACCUUGACUAUUUCCAAGUUCAGCCAGCCUCAGCCACUUCUCCCGUCGACUAUAGCAGUGUCUGACAACAAAGCUUGGGUGGAUCAAUUGUUCAAGCAUCCAACAGAGGCAAACAUCGUGGGUCUGCCUGCGAUGAAUAUGCUAAUGUUCACCGACGAGGUGGUCAAAGAACUCAUCAAGUACAUCGACUACAACUUCUAUAGCUCAUUCGUGCGAGGCAAGGGCACCAAGGAGCACGAGGACAUCUACAUCUCGCUCAACGUAGCGCUAUAUUCAUGGCUCACAGGUCUUCGCAAGAAUUUGACCAGGGAAUUGGAACAGGUUCAGGGAUCCCAGGACUUGCGCAAUGCGACAGCAGGUCCAUCAUCGCGCAAAAGAGCAGGGGCUCCAGAACCACCUCCGUCCAUGGACGUUGCUCAGAUAGAUGCAUCAAGUCCAACCAGCUCCACAUCUAGUCCAUCAUUUCCCGAAAAAGCCCCGUCACUGGGUCUCAAACCAAUUGUCGCGGUUUCUCCUCAGCUGCCCUCAGAACUCUUCGCACACCCACCGCUGCCAACUUCCCAAGCCCGUUCCUUACCAGAUGUGCUGGAUCCUUCUGUACUGCUUCCACCCCCUGCCGCCACGAAAAUUGUAGCCGUUGUGUACACGGCUCAUGAACGCGUGAUAGAGCGACUGACCAUGCGACAACUUGGCGAAGCGACUCCGGAUAUUAGGCACCCAUUCUUCAUGAAGACAGCUGGUUUCAACCUCGAGGAUUCUCUUCCGCAAUACGUUCAUGAAUACGCCACGAUUCCUCUGGAGGAAAUCAUGGAGGCCCUGCUGAAAUUGUACUCGAAACAGCUAAGAACCGAUAAGAGGAUAGGUCAAAAUUAAAUCAGGUUAUGACCGUAACGACUACACAUAAUGUAGAUAAACUACUUACUUCAAGCACUUAAUUCUCUCAUUUACUUCAUUGUGUAGCAGGCA